AUGGCACCCGAAUCCGAUCCGCUGCAACUGAUCCUUGCAGAGCUGGCAUCAAUUAAGGCUGGCAACGAGGCCAUGCAACAGACGCUAGCUCAACAAGAGGCCCAGCACCGUAGCAAUCUGGCUACUCUCCGGCAGGACUUUGAAGAGCGCUUAGCUGUUAUACAACACGCUAGAGACCACCCGGAAGUCUGGGAAUGGCUCCUCGCCCUCCCAGCUGACUCCGCCUACAACCUGAUUGCCAUCCAAACUGGCACCAAUUAG